AUGAGAGUGAAUGAAUUAAUACCUACCCUCUCAAGUGAGAGGGUAUUUAUAGCCCUCAGCGCUGGACCAAGAUCUUCAAUGUUGGGUCACGAUGAGGUCCAACAACGAAGACUGUCAGGGCUUACGUGCGUAUGGAGUCCAGCAUGUGGCCUCCUCCCUGGUCAACUGCUCCGAGAGAACAGGUGUUGGACCCGUGAUUCCCGGAGGACGGUUAUGAUGACGAUAUGGACACGUGGGCAACGUCUCCCUUGCGAACAUGUGGGGAAAUGCCCAACGGUCUCCAGCUUGGGCUGCAUGUCUUUGGGCCUUGGGCAAAGCACAUGCCUUAGGCAAAGGCUCUGA